GUGAUAAUCACGCUGUCGGCUCUCCUUUGACUCAAGAGCAAAGUUGGGUAUUUUGCCUCAACGCAGUACGGGAGUGAGUUGCGUUUUGCCUUUGCAUUGCACAGCCUAGCCAGUGUAGAGCUCAGUGUAUAAACUGUGUGACAAAUUUCCUGGAAGUUUUGUUUUGGCUCCGAGAUUGCCUGGCAUGUUUUAGAUGCAUGCCCAGUCUGGCCGUACAUCUAGCUAACAGUAGAAGUUCUGUGCCGGGUUAUUGUGGGUUGAUAGCACAGAAAACAGAGGAGCAGUCUAAAGACCAGUCUUUGCUAGUAGUUGUAGUCUAGUAUGGGCGUCCUGCCAUGUUGAAGUGAUGUCGUGUGUUGGUGCUGGGGUAGAGGAGGGAGACCUGGACUAUAAUGAAGAUUUGGACGACAUCACAUCGCAUCUUCGGAGACCCAGCGAGGAAGAUGAGGUCAAGGUUCAUGCAGCGGUGGAAAUAGAGGAUGGAGAGCUAAGCUCCGGAGAAGAGGGAGAGAUCAAAGAUGUCAGUGGGGAGAUGUCUGGCCCCGCCCACCUCCAGAAUCCCAGCACUCCCUCACCCACUCCAGAGAUUAGUGAUGACAUCAUUGAGUGUGAGCCUCAGGACUAUGGUGUUGGUGAGGAGAAGAGAGAAGAGAAUGGGAAGAAGGAGAGAGAGGAGGAAAAGAGUAAAGAGGAUGAGAAGGAAGAGGCCGAUAGUGAUAGGGGGAGUUCAAGUAGGAGGAAGGUGACCGGCUCUAGAAGUCCAGUGAGGAAUCGAGGGACUUCAGUCUGUCGCCACUUCCUGCAAGGAAAGUGCUCGUGGGGUAGGGAGUGCCGAUUUUCUCACGAUGAUAGAGCUCUACCCGGACACCCCAGACCACACCCACCUCUCCAUGGAGUGAGGGGAGGGGCAGACAGGUUCAUAGAACCCUACCACGCACCUCGUGAUCCUGACUUUGUUGGACAUCCUCCAAUUGGAAGUGUUCUGACCCACCAUCUUCCUCCUCCUCAACCUCCCAGGGAAGGAGCUCCACUAUUCUUGCCUUACAAGGAACUGCGGAGGGGGUCAAAGGUGUCUCAGGUUGAGGAGGAGAGUGAGGGGUGGUACCGCCUGCGGACAGUGGCCAGGGACUGGAGCAGUGAUGACGACGACACUCUACCUGAGAAGAAGUCCUCCAAGGAGAAGCGGCAGAAAGGAGAUGACCGGAGGAACAGACACAGCUCACGAAGGGAGGUUGGUUUGUCUAUUGUCUGGUGUCAGGUCAGUGAUAUAGUCCUCAGAGCUCUGGCUCCUCGAGUCCUGAGGCAGCAGAGAAGAAAAAGAAGAGAAGGAACCAACACUCGCCAGCCACAGGCAUAUCUAGCCAUCUGGACAAAGCAGCUCACAUUAGGUAUAUACACACUGUGUCUUAAAGUAGAACUACAGAACAUGUCUACUGCACGUAUAUUGUUAUACAAAAACUUGCAUCUUACACGAAGGCCUUCAACAGUAUAUACAGUGUGUAUGUGUACAUGGAGUGUGUGGUGUAGGGAUAAAGAGAGUGGCUUCGAAGACAGGGCAAGUCGACGGAAGGCAAGAAGACACAGCUCUAGUUCAGAGUCAUCAGAGACCCAGCCUGCCUUCCUCCCUCACCAACCACCAUUCCUCUUUGCUCCCGGCACCGGGCCUCCUCCUGACAGAUUCUUCGCCCACAGCACUCCCUUCCCUCCCUUCGGUCCCCCCAGACCCCUCCCCCCUCACCUGGACCACAGACCACUACUGUUUGCACCCAUCCCCCCUCACGUCCACUAUCCAGACCGGUAUGGUCCACCGCCAUACCCUGACUGCCACAGGCAACCUCCCCAUAGAGGCUACCACAGGUAUAUAUUACACUGAGAUGUCAGCAUGUACAAACUGGUGUAAAACAAGGGAAAGUCGAACAUGUACAUACUGUGUUAGCUAUGGUAGCCAAAGUCUCUUUCUGGCAGAGAUCAUUCUGCAUCUCCGAAGAGGAGACGCCGCCGUAAGCUGAGCUCAAGUUCACAGUCUCCACAGUCCAGUCCAGACCACAGCAGCAGUCACAGUAAGAGGAAGGUCAGUUUGGCAUGAAUGCAUGGUACCAACUCUGUGUGUACUGACUGUACUCGGUGUGGUGGAGAAGAAGAGAAAGAGCUCAGAGGACAAGAAUCUCAACAGAAAGGAGCAGCUACUGCAGGAACUGAGUGUCAUCAAUAAGGUGAUUGAGAGGAAGAAACUGAAGAAGAGUGGCAGCAAGAAAUCAGAGUAGAACCAGAGAACUAUGUUUGUAGUCAUUUUCACCCCAUCUUUUCAUCCCAAAUGUCUUUCUACUAAUCAUUCUGAAAUUUCACUACUGAAAUGAAACUGAACUCUGUUGCAGAAUGAGGUCCAUGUAAGCACAGGAUAUCAACUGGUCUGGGGAAACCCCUAGUUUACACAUGAGGUCAUUGGCAAUUGUCUCUCCUUCCCUCUGGGACUGCUGGGGCCUCAGUACAACCUCUAGCUCCAGGAAAUCCCCCAGCCCCUCCACAGUGUCAAUGUGUACUCUGGUCUGCCCCACUAGAAACAGCAGCCUUCUCUUCCUCACGCUCCCUAGUUCCCCCAUAGCCUGACUCAGAAUGGUUUUCAGCUCCUCUGGAGUCUAGUUGUAGCACAACUGAUACACUCAACAGAGUACAACAGAACGAGGGGAAAGAAGACUGGCCUCAGUUGUAGCGAUGGUGUAGUGACUGAGUUUUGGACCAGCACUGUCAGUUCUGUGGUAGUGGAUCAGUUGGGCCACGCUUCCCUCCUCCACUCGCAGCUUCAACCUGCCGCUGGCAGCGAUGAAGAAAGUGUCUUCUUGUUCCAGCAGUAAACCUUCAUUCCCGCUCAAUUCCUUAGCAACUGCCACGGCUCUGCCUCUGUCCGCCAGACGAGUCUUCACUUCCACAUUCGUUGGCAUCGCUUACUUCCGGUGGCCGAGAAGUAUACUUAAUUAUACAUGCUUUUACUUACUGACGACCCCAUGCGCGCGCGCAAAGCGCCACGU